AUCUCGCGUGAGUGGGUCGACGAGACUACUUCCGGGUGAAAGACGUGCUUCUCCGAGGUGGGUUAACUUGAUGUUUUCGCCAUGGGCAAACGCGGGAGCCGGAGCCGGAGCCAGGGCCAGCUGCUUAGCAGCCUGACUAAAAAGCAGAAGAGGCAUCUUCGGGAUUUCGGCGAGGAGCAUCCCUUCUAUGACAGGGUUUCUACAAAGGAGGCAAAACCACAGACUUGUCAACUGUCAGAGAGUUCAGAUACUUCGAGUUCUGAAAGUGAAGCAGAGAGUGAACCAGAACAAGUUUCUGGUUACCAUAAACUACUCGCCACGUUAAAGAAUGUUUCCAAGGAAGAGGAGGAGGAGGACGAUGAUGACGAGGAAGAGGAAGAAGACAGUGUUGUAGAUGAGGCAGAAAUGAACCAUGAAGAUGGUGCUAGUGACAUCAGUGUGGAGGAGGAGAUGGCGGCAGAGUCUGCUGAAAUGCAGGAGAGUGUAGCCUUACCUGCUGACCCUGAUGGAAAAGAUGGGCACGAGCCACCUGGCACAUCACAGGAAUCUCCCAAGGAGUUUACAGAUGCAAAACACGAGUCACUCUUCAGCCUAGAAACCAAUUUUCUUGAAGAGGAAAGUGGAGGCAACUGUUCUCUGAAAGCAUCAAAAGAUCCAUUUGUACAACAUGUGAACAAAGAACUGAAAGAAAAAGAAAUCCAGGCCAUUGCCACAAAUACCAAAACUACCCACCAGCUAAAAUGGCCCAUCUUGGGCCAGCUUGUCUUUUCAUCCAAGUUUCAGAAGUUGGAAACCUUUAAACCCCCAAAGGAUGUUGACUUAAAGUCACUUCAUCUCCAGAAGCCUCUGGAAUCCACCUGGAUCAAGACCAACAGCCAGUUCCUCUCUGGAACCCAAAAAUCAAACAGCCCAUUCACACCCCUCCAGAAAGAGCUCUUCUUAAUUAUGAAUUCUUACCGGGACCUGUUCUACCCAGAAAGGACUGCCCUGAAGAAUGGGGAAGAGAUCCGCCACGUGUACUGCCUGCAUGUGAUAAACCAUGUCCUCAAAGCCAAUGCCCAGGUGCUUGGCAACAACAGCAGACGCCGAAGCCAGAAACUUGGGGUGGGUGAUGAUGACGACUUCAGGGACCAAGGGCUAACAAGGCCCAAGGUGCUGAUAGUGGUGCCCUUCCGGGAAGCCGCUUUGCGGGUGGUACAGCUCUUCAUCAGCCUCCUUGAGGGGGACAGCAAGAAGAAAAUCAUUGUAAGCAACAAAAAGAGGUUUAAUGGAGAGUAUGGCUCAGAUCCCGAGGAGAGACCACCCAACCUGAAGAGGCCUGAGGAUUACGAAGCUGUGUUUGUCGGCAACAUCGAUGACCACUUCAGGAUCGGAGUGGCAGUACUGCAGAGAAGCAUCCGACUCUAUGCCCCCUUUUACUCCUCGGACAUCCUCAUUGCCUCCCCGCUGGGCUUGAGGACCAUCCUUGGUGGAGAAGGAGAGAAGAAGAGAGACUUUGACUUUCUGUCUUCUAUUGAGCUUCUCAUCAUUGAUCAAGCUGACAUUUACCUGAUGCAGAACUGGGAGCACGUCCUGCAUUUGAUGAACCACAUGAACCUGCUGCCCUUGGACUCACAUGGGGUGGACUUUUCUCGUGUGCGGAUGUGGAGCCUCAAUAAUUGGUCCAAGUACUAUCGCCAGACACUGCUAUUCGGGGCCCUGCAGGAUGCCCAGAUCAACUCCGUGUUCAACAAGUACUGCGUCAACAUGCAAGGCCAGGUGGCUGUGAGGAACGUCCCGAUGACUGGCUCCAUCAGUCAUGUCCUGGUGCAGCUCCCACAUGUCUUCCAGAGGAUGGAAGCUGAAAACCUAGCUUCAGUGAUUGAUGCCAGGUUUAACUUCUUCGUGAACAAGAUUUUGCCUCAGUAUCGUGAUGCAGUCAUGUCUCACACGCUUAUCUAUGUCCCUUCCUACUUUGACUUUGUGCGUCUCCGAAAUUACUUCAAGAAGGAGGAACUGAACUUCACCCACAUCUGCGAGUACACCCAGAAGUCGGGGGUCUCCAGGGCCAGACACUUCUUCCUUCAAGGAGAGAAGCAGUUCCUGCUCCUCACAGAGCGCUUCCAUUUCUACAAAAGAUACACAAUAAAAGGCAUCAGGAACCUGAUUUUCUAUGAGCUGCCAACAUAUCCCCACUUCUACAGUGAAGUCUGCAACAUGCUGAGAGCCACCACCAGAGGAGAGGAAGCCACCUGGACCUGCACUGUCCUCUACUCCAAGUACGACGCCCAGAGGUUGGCCGCCGUGGUCGGUGUGGAGCGCGCUGCACAGAUGCUGCAGUCCAAGAAGAACGUCCACCUCUUCAUUACUGGAGAGAGAUGAGAACUUGUUGGACAGGAGAUGGUAUUUGACAUGAUACGUGACGCUUGAUUCUGAUCACUUACAUAAAGCAGGACUGCUGCAAGGAAGGAUAAGGCAGUGUCUUAUCAGAUACCUCUUUUCAAGUCAUAUUCCCUGAAAAGGUCAAUGUAAACCGAAUUUUGGUAAAACACAUCUUUCAGAGAUCAGUACAAAGCUAAUGGGACUCUGAGAAGUUGAUAGAAGGAGUCUUCUACUUGUGAAUCUUUUGGUAAGCUGUAAAUUCUUUUAUGGUGAUUUUUUACAUCUAAUUUAUUACACUUGGUAAAUUCUUUGAGUUUGGCCUAUUUCUGUUUGACGCCUUCUUAAAGUAAGGCAUACAUUUCUUUGCCUGUGAGAACUGGUUAUGAGAAAUUGGAAUAUUUCUUGCUGCUGAAUAUCAUUUUAAUUUUGGAUCACACAGGUUUUGCAAAACUGUUAUUUUUACCCCAGCCAAACUUUUUUAAACCUUAAAUGUUCUAUUUUAAUUCAACCUAGAAGAGUAUUCAUUCACUGAUCUUUUUUUAACUCAUAAUAAUAAAUAUUUUAGUUAAAAUAUACACUUUAAAAAUCACAUUAUAUACAAUACCAUCAAUUUCUAUUUUAUUUCAAGAAAUAAUGCGGUGAAACUCUUGAUGUUGCAGUAUUCAUCUUCAGCACCAUUGGCUUCAUCAUUGCUAUAGUCAUUUUUUAAGCCAUAUAACAAAAUUGAAAAAAUGUUGUACCUUUAAAAAACAUUUUUAUUCCAAAAUAUUAUCACACAGAAAACUUACAAGUACAGAACCCAAAUCAUUUGAGAAUAAAUUACCAACUUGAUGGGCCUCUCACUCGUAAAAUUCA